GUUCUUGCCAGCAAACGAUUUUGAGCUGAGCGAAGCUCCUGCACUUUCUAACCAUUUGGCCACCUUCUCCAGCGUAAGAAUGGAGCCGGUAUGUGAUCCUCCACUGCUCCACAACCUGGCUAACGAUGCUGUUUCUUGCGCUCACAUAGAUCGAGGCUGAUAUCCCCAUGGAGACCGAAUUUGACGAGAAGCAAGACGUGGCCAUCAUUUCCAACGACGAAUCCAUGGAAGGCACAGAGAAUGACGCGGAUCAGAUCCGCGCCGACGACUUCGACGCCAUAAAGAAGAAAUACAUGCCGGAGGUCCCGGAUCAGGAAAUAGAAGAUGAAGCCACACACACAUGGGAGAUCGAGGACUGGCGGGCUUUGGGCAAAAAGGAGCAUGGCCCCAUCUUCCAAUGCGCUGGACACCCGUGGCGUGUGCUCUUCUUCCCAUAUGGCAACAAUGUCGACUUCGCUUCCGUCUACCUCGAGCAUGGAUUUGAAGACAAGCCCUCGGAUGAUUGGUAUUCAUGCGUGCAGUUCCUUCUGAUCCUAUGGAAUCCAAACGAUCCCACCAUAUACCAGCAACAUUGCGCCAAUCAUCGGUUUACCGCAGAUGAGAGCGACUGGGGAUUCACAAGAUUUGCAGAGAACAAGCGGCUAUUUCAUUCACCAUGGGAGGAAGGAAAGGACCGUCCACUCGUCGAAAACGAUACGGCCAAGUUGACUGCAUUCGUUCGCGUCUACAAAGAUCCUACUGGCGUGCUCUGGCACAACUUUGUGAACUAUGAUUCGAAAAAGGAAACUGGAAUGGUUGGCCUCAAGAAUCAAGGCGCUACAUGCUAUCUGAAUUCCUUACUUCAGUCACUAUACUUCACCACAGCGUUCCGAAAGGCUGUCUACCAAAUCCCAACCGAAAAUGAAGUCGAAUAUCGAGAAAAUAGCGCAUAUGCGCUUCAGAGGCUGUUCUACCAAUUGCAAACCAAUCCCGGCGCGGUUUCCACUCUCGAGCUUACGGGUGCAUUCGGGUGGGAUUCGAAGCAGAUUUUCGAGCAGCAGGAUGUCCAGGAGCUUUCAAGAAUUCUAAUGGAGCGACUAGAGAAACAUAUGAAGGGCACCGAAGCCGCCGACGCCCUGGGGAGGAUGUUUGUAGGCAAGAUGAAGACCUAUAUCUCCUGCAUAAACGUCGACUACGAGUCAUCGAGAAUAGAAGACUUCUGGGAUCUUCAACUCAACGUCAGCGGCAACAAGAACCUCGACGACAGCUUCAAGGACUACGUCCAAGUCGAAACCCUGGACGGCGAGAACCAAUAUGACGCUGGAGAAGGACUGGGCCAUCAAGAUGCCAAGAAAGGGGUCAUUUUCGAGACUUUCCCGAAUGUGCUUCACCUUCAAUUGAAGCGCUUCGAGUACGAUUUCCAGCGCGAUGUGAUGAUGAAGAUCAACGACCGAUACGAAUUCCCUGAUGUUUGGGAUGCCUCACCCUACCUCUCCGACGACGCCGACCGAUCCGAACCGUACAUCUAUCACCUCCAUGGCGUCCUGGUCCACAGCGGUGACCUGAACGCCGGACACUAUUACGCUUUCUUGAAGCCAACCAAGAAUGGCGACUUCUACAAAUUCGACGAUGACCGAGUGACACGAGCAACCAAGAAGGAAGCAUUGGAGGAGAACUUCGGUGGGGAAAAUACUCCGCUUGCGAACGGCAACGUGCAGCAGCGGAAUCCUUACACCCGAACAUGGUCAUCGAAGCGAUCAAUGAAUGCAUACAUGUUGGUGUACAUCAGAGAGAGCAGAUUGGACGAGAUCCUCAUGCCGAACGAGGUUGUCGAACCGCCAUCACAUCUUGAAACGAAAUUUGCAGAAGAGAAAGAACUUCUGGAGCGAAGGCGAAAGGAUAAAGAGGAAGCCCAUCUGUACAUGGAGGUGCAAAUCGCAUCCAACCACAACUUCAAAGCCUACCAAGGAUUUGACAUCGUUCCUUGGAAGACUGAGACGGGUACUCCUGCACACCCGAAGCUUUAUAAGUUGCUCCGCAAGUCUACCUUGGCCGACCUUUGCGAGAUGGUUGGAAAAGAUCUGGAGCUGGAUCCAACGCUCAUCCGUCCUUGGGUAAUGGUCAACCGACAAAACGGCACCAUCCGCCCCGACCAGCCUCUCGAGCUGCCCGACAUGACUUGCGAAGAAGCGCACACAAAGUUUGGCACGAAGACGACCAACACCUUCCGGAUCUGGAUCGAAUCCACCGACGAGAAAGACGAGACCGGCAAACCCGUGUGGCCGAGCUCCAAAGUCGACCUGCAUGGUGUCCAGAACAACAAACCGGUCCUCCUAUUCCUCAAGUCUUUCGAACCAGACGCCCAGACCCUUCUCGGUAAGGGCCAAUUCUGCGCCGCGCUGCACGACAAAGUCUCGGACCUGUCCCCGCAGAUUCUCAAAUUGAUGAACUGGCCGCCCGGGACCCCGAUCAAGCUCUUCGAGGAAAUCAAGCAGAACAUGAUCGAGCCCAUGAAGCCCAAAUCGACCCUCUACCAGUCGGAGAUCCAGGAUGGGGACAUCAUCACCGUCCAGAAAAAUCUGAGCGAUAAGGAGAUCGCGGCGUUGACCGCGAAAGGCCAUUACUCGGAAGCCCGGGAGUACUACGACUGGAUGCUGAACCGCAUGAAGGUACAUUUCGUGCCGAAGAAUCAGCCGGGGUCGGUCGAGACCGACUUUGAUUUGAUGCUGUCGAAAAAGAUGCUAUAUCCACAAUGGUCAGUGAAGGUUGCCGAAAAGCUGGGUGUGGACGCGGGAUAUCUUCGUUUCUUCGCGGCCAAUGCCGCCACGGGUCGUCCUAAAGGUGCGGUACGGCAUACCUCAAACCAGACACUUGGACAGACUCUGAGCCCGAACUGGACCGGCUACGGGCCCAGUCACAAUCAGCGACCAGACGUUCUUUUCUACGAAGUCCUCGAGGUGACGUUGACGGAAUUGGAGACGCGGAAGGGCGUCAAGGUGACACUUGUGUCGGAAGGCAUUUCCAAAGAGGAUUCCUACGAAAUUCUCGUGUCAAAAAUAGGCAACGUGAGCGACCUUGUCGACGGACUAGCGAAGAAGGCCGGGUUGGACCAGGAGACCGCGCAGCGUCUGCGGGUAUACGAAGUGCAUGCCCACAAGAUCCACAAGGUCCUAACCGCGGACUAUCCGGUUUCAAGCCUCAACGAGUACUCCAGCUUCUUCGCCGAGAAGAUCCCGGAGGAGGAGGAUGCGGCGGAUGAAGGCGACCGCCACGUUCUGACGUUCCAUUAUGACAAGGAGCCGUCAAAACCGCACAACGUCCCCUUCGUCUUCUUGGUCAAACAGGGUGAACUUUUCAAGGAUACCAAAGAACGACUGUCCAAGCGAAUCGGCAUCAAAGGCAAACAGUUUGAGAAGAUCAAGUUCGCCGUUGUUCCCAAAGGCGCUAUGUACGCCAAGCCGGAAUAUCUAGACGAUGACGACAUCCUCUACGAGCGGCUCGCCUCCCGCGACGACAUGCUAGCACUCGACCACAUGAACAAGACUCGCAGCGUCUGGAACCGAGCGGAUGCCAUCCAAAUUCGCUGAAGCGCUUUCGGCGAUAGCCAUGUCGAGGGUAUCUUAAUCUACCAUGGGCAGUCGUCCAUCGUGUUGUGCGGAGCAGUGGAAUGGACGAAGCGGAGGCAGAUCUUGCGUGAACGUGCGGCAUUGCCAUGUCUGACAAUUCCAAGCACCAGAAUCGGAGCGGGGAGGCAAGACACAGUGGGGAAUUGCGGCUUGCUGAUUGCGAAAUGGGCAAGACGAACACGGAGGUGACAGACAUGAUACGAUUUCCUGGUCGAUUGGUCACGGCGUCGACGAGUAGACAACGCAGUCAUGGUGUAUGCUACUAUGGACGAUGGUUAUUCAAUUCAUUCCCGUCAUCAAUGUACGUAUAACGCGCCGAAAGGCUUAGAUAAGAAAUGGCUGUGCGAAAUAUUCUGG